AUGCCGGCCGACCGCCUUCUCAACCAGCUGCUUGCCCUGUAUCAGAACGUCCACGAUGACGCCCAAACAGACCGCAUCUUCGGCACAACUCUUUCCCUCCUCACCGAACUGUCGAACCCUCUCAACCUGUCACUCCUGACGUCCCAACUCCUCCACGCACCCGCGAUAUGGCACCAACGGCAUGCGCCCGACCCGCUGCGAUCCAUCUGCCUGCGCGUCUUGGGUGUGUACAACACCGCGGCGAUCCACGUGCGUCGCAACGAGCUCGAGAAUGAAGACCGGAGGCAGGCUGGAUUGCCCUUGACCGGGGGUGGCCUGACUAGCGAGGGGUGGGCCAGAGCGGUCGUCAAGGGAGCCGAUGAGAAAUCGAGUCGGUGGCAGCACUUGCUGGUGCUGGCAGGGAUAUUGAUGGGCUUCGAGGGAAACGAGAGGCACGGCCUGUCCAGGAGCAUGAUCGGCACCCUGGAGCAAGCCGUUGCCACAGCUGCGAAUCUUGCGCUGCGAACGCUGUCGAGAGAACCUCCGCUGGCUGCAGCGUCUGUGGUCCUUGCCCUGAACUACGCCUUUCCCCUCAUGUCGGAUAGCGCGAGGGCGUCGGUGGAAUGCGACGCGCUGCUUCCCGUGGCAGUAAAGGCCUUGGUUGGAGAUUCUGGGUACCACGAUGGCGCGUUUUUGCAGCCCAUCGAGGCUGAUGUCGGGCACGCGGGCCAGAAGCUGGACUGGCCGGAGGCGUCCAUGUCGUUCGCAGCCGUCCGCCAGGUCUCUUCGAGGCCAUUGGUGGAGACCGCUGGGCCGCUCUCGAAACUGAUCGCCUUCGCUGUCGAGCAUGUGAGAGAUCACCGUUUGGUUCUGCAGGCCCAAGACGAGCUUGUCGACUUCACGGCAAGAAUACUCGGUCAAUGGCGGCAAGUCAAGCUGUCUGGCAUCGACCUUGCCGAUGAAGGCGCAUGUCUCACGGAGGACAGCUUGCGAGUCACCUGGCCGGCUCUUUGGCGCCUCCUCACGUCUGUUCUCUUCGCGGUCGUGGCUGUUCUACGGGCUGUGACAGCCAGGAGUCUGCUCGACCCUCAUUUGAGAAACGAUGCAACGGCACCUCUCGUCGCGGUGAAAACAUUGCAUAUAUACAGGAACCUGUACUUCAUUUCGUCGAGAGGGAACGACAGCUUCCAAGUCUACGCGUUCUCCUACAAUACUUGCAUCGAUAUUCUGGCAAGGUAUCGGGAGGCCGCCACGGCAUUCCUGAGAGACACAAUCAUGCCAAACACUGACACGAUACCGACGCAUGCCCUGAACAAGGUGUUGGACCUCUUUUACCUCAACACGGCGGAGCAUCUGCCAUUGAACCUCACAUCAGAGGCAUGUGAGGCACUGAUUAUCCAGCCGGCGAGCAUCUACCUAUCACAUUCAAUGCCACUAUCCAGGAGAAUGGUCGAACUCUUCGAGGCAGCGCACUCCGCAACCCUUUCUGUCCUGUCAUGCCCCCAGAACGGUCCCAUAGCUGUCAGCAUGGCCCCCUUCUACGCAGAGACACUCCUGGUGGCGUUUCCAUCCCAUAUCUCCCCUCGGCAGUUUAGACUCGCCUUCAGGACCCUUAUGCAGAUAUUGUCUCCUCCGUUUCCGGUGUCUGCCACUAAUCCAGAACUUGCCGAGACGCUGUUGGAAAUGGUCCGCUUCAGAAUACCCACGGCUGGUCAAAGUUAUCUUGCCCCCACCCCUGGCCAAGGCCAGACGGCACAGGAGCCCACAUCGGAACAAAGCGCGCUGGUACUCACCCUGAUUGAUGCCCUGCCCUUUCUACCCUUACCGAUCGUGGAGGAUUGGAUGACGAUCGUCGGGACGGCUCUCCAUGAGAUUCCUGACGUCUCAAUGAGGGAGUCCACGAAGCAUAGGCUUUGGGAGAUCCUGGGUUGUGGCGAGAUGGACGUAGAAAGGGCAGCCAUCGGCGUCGCCUGGUGGGGCACAAAGGGAGGUCGAGAAUUGGUUCUCUUCGGUCCGACUCAGCAGAGAGGACAGGAGCCUUUCCUGAUGAGCGGCGCAAUUGUGGAUGAAGAGGGUGCUAGCAGACUUUAA